GGGGGGUCCAACAAAUGCCUCCCCGGAGUGCUGCUCCCCGUCUGGCAGCCGGACAACCCUUCCUUUGGAGACAAGGCCGCUCGGGCGAUCGUCUACUUCGUGGCCAUGAUGUACAUGUUCCUGGGGGUGUCCAUCAUUGCCGACCGCUUCAUGGCCUCCAUCGAGGUGAUCACGUCGAAGGAGAAGGAGAUCACCAUCACCAAGUCCAACGGGGAGACCAGCAUCGGGACUGUGAGGAUCUGGAAUGAGACCGUCUCCAACUUGACCCUCAUGGCCCUGGGCUCCUCGGCUCCCGAAAUCCUUCUCUCGGUCAUCGAGGUCUGCGGGCACAACUUCCAGGCCGGCGAGUUGGGCCCCGGCACCAUCGUGGGCAGCGCGGCCUUCAAUAUGUUCGUGGUCAUUGCGGUGUGCGUGUACGUCAUCCCCAGCGGCGAGAGCCGCAAGAUCAAGCACCUGAGAGUCUUCUUUGUCACGGCCUCCUGGAGCAUCUUCGCCUACAUCUGGCUGUACCUGAUCUUGGCCGUCUUUUCACCUGGGAUCGUGCAGGUCUGGGAGGCGCUCCUGACCCUCGUCUUCUUCCCGGUCUGCGUGGUCUUUGCAUGGAUGGCGGAUAAGCGGCUGCUCUUCUACAAGUACGUCUACAAGCGGUAUAGGGCCGACCCGCGCAGUGGCAUCAUCAUCGGGACCGAGGGAGAGUUCCCCAAGGGCAUAGAGAUGGACGGCAGCUUCGUGGCCAAUGACCACCGGGAGAACGUCUUCGUGGAUGGAAGCGCAGCCUCAGUGGCCCCCCUGCCUGUCACCACCCAGGAGGAGAAGGAGCUGGACGAGAGCCGCAAGGAGGUCAUCCAGAUCCUCAAAGACCUCAAGCAGAAGCACCCGGACAAGGAGCUGGAGCAGCUGGUGGAGAUGGCCAACUAUUACGCCUUGUUGCAUCAGCAGAAGAGCCGAGCUUUCUACCGCAUCCAGGCGACCCGCAUGAUGACCGGGGCAGGGAAUAUCCUCAAAAAACACGUUUCAGAGUUCUCUAAGAAGUCCGCCAACCUGCUGGAGGUGCCCUCAGAGGCGGAGGCGGAAGAGAACUACAGCAAGAUCUUCUUUGAGCCCUGCCUGUACCACUGCUUGGAGAACUGCGGCUCGGUCACCUUGGCCGUGGCUUGCCAGCAGGGCGGCGACACCUAUAACACCUUCUACGUGGACUAUAAGACGGAGGACGGCUCAGCCAGGGCGGGUUCGGAUUUCGAGUACAGCGAGGGCACACUGAUCUUCAAGCCGGGCGAGACCCAGAAGGAGCUGACGAUCGGCAUCAUCGACGACGAUAUCUUUGAAGAGGACGAGCAUUUUUUCGUCCGCUUGCUCAACUUGCGUGUGGGGGAUGCCGAAGGAAUGUUCGAGUCCGACUCAGCCGACCACCCCAAGGGGCGGCUGGUGGCGCCCCUGGUGGCCACCGUGACCAUCCUGGACGACGACCACGCCGGCAUCUUUACCUUCCAGGAUAAACUGCUGAGAGUCAGCGAGUGCCAAGGGACCCUGGAGGUCAAGGUGAUCCGGAGCUCGGGGGCCCGUGGGACGGUCAUGGUCCCCUACCAGACAGUGGAAGGGACAGCUCGAGGGGGUGGUGUCGACUACGAGGACGCCUGUGGAGAACUAGAGUUCAAGGACGACGAGACGGUGAAAUCGCUUCACGUGAAGAUUGUGGAUGUGGAAGAAUAUGAGAAGAAGGACAGCUUCUUUAUCGAGCUGGGCCAGCCACGCUGGUUGAAGCGGGGCAUCUCAGGUAAGAAGCAUCUCUUGCUAAAGGCCGGGGGUGGGUUCUCACGAGAGGGCACCUGGUGGGGGAAGACGGAGCCAGAAGGAGGCUGGAGCCAGGGGCUCGCAUCUCAUUCAUGCUGCAUUUGCCUUAACUCAGCGGAUGCUGACAAGAAACUGACAGCAGAGGAAGAGGAGGCUCAGCGGAUUGCCGAGAUGGGGAAGCCCAUCCUGGGGGAAAACUCCCGCCUGGAGGUCAUCAUUGAGGAGUCCUAUGAUUUCAAGAACACAGUGGACAAGCUGAUCAAAAAAACGAACCUGGCGCUGGUCAUUGGCACGCACUCGUGGCGGGAGCAGUUCCUCGAGGCGAUCACCGUGAGCGCAGGUGACGAGGAGGAUGAGGAAGAUGGGCGUGAGGAGCGGCUCCCGUCCUGCUUUGACUACGUCAUGCACUUCCUGACGGUCUUCUGGAAGGUGCUCUUCGCCUGCGUUCCCCCCACCGAGUACUGGAAUGGCUGGGCCUGCUUCAGCGUCAGCAUCCUGGUGAUCGGCCUGCUGACCGCGCUCAUCGGGGACCUGGCCUCCCACUUCGGCUGCACUGUCGGCCUCAAGGACUCCGUCAACGCCGUGGUCUUCGUGGCCCUGGGCACGUCCAUCCCAGACACCUUCGCCAGCAAAGUGGCCGCCCUGCAGGAUCAGUGCGCCGACGCCUCCAUCGGCAACGUGACCGGCAGCAACGCGGUCAACGUCUUCCUGGGCCUGGGCGUGGCCUGGUCCGUGGCAGCCGUCUACUGGGCCUUCCAGGGCAAGGACUUCGAGGUGCAGACGGGCACCUUGGCCUUCUCCGUCACCCUCUUCACCAUCUUCGCCUUCGUCUGCAUCAGCGUCCUCAUGUACCGGCGACGGCCGCACAUAGGGGGCGAGCUGGGGGGCCCCCGAACCGCCAAAAUCCUUACCAGUUGCCUCUUCCUGGGGCUCUGGCUGCUCUACAUCCUCUUCUCCGGCCUUGAGGCCUACUGCCACAUCAAAGGAUUCUGA